AGCUUAUACGGCCUAUUCCCGUUACUUUUGAUGAAGCACAAUUACAAUUAGCUGAAACUUCCUUGAAAAAGGAAGAGAUAAUAUUCACAAUCGAAACAUUAAUUGGAUCCUUAAAUGAAGCUAAACGGCCACAAUUUAGAGGAUUAAGAUCAAAAAAAAAGGAUGAGUUAUUAACAAUUUUGCAACAGCUUCGAGAUCUCUAUAAUACGACUAAUGCUGAUGAAAUCGAAGAGGAAGAGACAAUAUAA